AUGGUCGCUGCGCGCAGACGCUCGCAAGCAGCACAGGUGUCACCGCCAGCAGCGAAGAAGGAGGUACAUAAGGACGGAAAUUCGAGAAAACCAGCUGCAAAGAAAGGACCUGCCAAAAAGCAGAAGAAUGUGACUUCGAAAAAACAAUCUCCGAAAAAGAAUGCGGAUGUGCAGGAAAUUAUAUCAGAAACUUUUGUAGCUGUAUCUGAGCAAAGUAAAGUACCUCGAAAACGCGGACCUGCUGUACGAAAGGAAGAUGUGGAAGCUAAAGGGAGGAAUUCGUUGGGUAAGCGAAGUUUACCAAUAGUGAAAGCACCUGUCGAAGGGAAGAAGCCACGGGUUGGAACAAAAUCUCCUGCCACUCGCGCAAAACCUGGAAAACGCAACUUAGAGACACCAGACUCUGAAGAGGUACGAAAAGAUGAGGAAGUUGUGGCUGAUUCCGCGAACAGUUCAAAAGAAGCCCCUAAACUGGAUGUGGAGAAAGACUUACUACAUGAGGAAGGUAAAGUGGCGGAACAGAUGAAGCAGGAGGAGACGCACGAUCAAUCUUUUGGAGAUAGUAAGUCAGCGAACGACGAAAAGCAAGAUACUGCGCAGAAGUCGACCCCUAAGCAGGAUGAUGAUGACUGGGAGAAUUUCGGAAAUACUAGCGAUGAAGAGGAAUCGAUCGCUGCUUCUGAGCCAGUUAAGAAGAAGAAGAAGGUCAAGCCCAAGACUCUGCAUCUAAGCCACUCAAGAAAAGCAUACACUCUGCCUGACACUGAAACUGAAGCCUCUUCGGUUGCCGAAGAUCCAGAUGAUAGCGACGCGAGCUUCACUCCAUCCAAAGCUCAGCAACCAAAACGAGGCAGCGGAGGAAAAGGCGGAGGUAGCAGUCGACCACAAGCGAGAAGUUCGAAGACAGAACGGUUUGCCCAAUAUUUCUUGGAAUUGCAUGGUGUACCGUUUCAGCGGCGCCAUGGCGGAAAUCUGAACUGCAUGUGA